AUGAAGAUAAAACAUUAUUAUUUAAUCUUUUCCCUUUUAUUGGCGGUUUCAACGAAUUGCGCCUUAAUCCCUAAUACCAAGGUCGUCACAUAUCCCGAAUCCAACGAGGAAUGCGCUUUGGUAGAAGGAAUUACUUACAACAUCGUGCAUGUUCCUUCAAACAUAAAUCUAGACAGCGAUGGUAAAAAAGUUGAGAUUAGUUCACCUGAACAUAAUUCCAAGGAUAACCCGUUUCAAUAUUGGAUAUUGCGAAAAGCCAACAAUGUCAUGUAUCCGAUUGACUUUGUAGUAUAUAAUAUCAUACAUGCUCAAACGGGUUUGAAUUUAGACUCUGACAAUAAAAUAAUUGGUAUUAGUUCUCCAAAGCAUAACUCUGUAUCAAAUGCUUAUCAACAUUGGUUGAUAAUAAAGAAUGGUAUCAACGCAUAUAACAUCGCUCAUAUGAUGUCAGGACUUAUGAAUUUGGAUAGCAAUGGAAAAAAAAUCUUGGAGAUUAGUCCCCCCGAACAUAACUCUAGGUACAAUCUUUAUCAACAAUGGUCAUUUAUACCGAGAAAUUUCAAGCUCACUGUUAAUAUAACGGACUUCAUAUACCCUGCAGAUCUAACAUAUAAUCUGGAAAAGUACAAGACUCGAACCAGCCUUUUUGCCGGUAAUUAUGUAAUUCAAAAUCCAACGAAGGCGGUUGUGGAGCAAACCAUUGAUAAGACCGAAACAAAAUCCAAUAAUUAUACUGUGGAAAUCAAAAGAACACAGUCUGUCACCGUUAAUGAGCAGGAUACCAUAACGGUAAAUAUUGGUGCGAUUCUUAAUAAGUUAAACAUAAAUACCUCUUACCAAAAAGGAAUUACGCAUUCCGUUACGAAAUCUUUCGAAGAAUCAUACAAAGAUUCAAUAUACGAAGAGGUUUCGUAUCAUAUUCAACACAAGGUUACGGUGCCACCACAAACCUCAAUAACGGUUGAUGCUACGGUGGAUAAGGUUAAUAUGCAAAUACCAUUCACAGCAAAAAUUCGAAUCACCGCCCAAGCGGAUAGGAUGGAUGAGAACGGGAAAUUAGUUCCAAUGGUUGACGUUGACACAAAUUCUUUUGCAUGCUAUCUUAAACAGGAAAAUUAUGAUGCGACAGACGCAAUAGUGGAAGGGAAUGCCCUAGUCGUUAACACAAGUGGUAUCUUAUCAAUAGACGCUUAUGGGUUAGAUUCAAGAAUUAUUACAAAAGAAAUGAAGCAGUAA